UUCCUAGCAGCUGCCACCUUUGUGUGUCUAGUUAGAAUUUACGUGGAAUUCAUUCAAUAAACGACCCCAAAAGUUUUAUUUUCGUGUACCGCUAAAAAUUAAAACAUACUUGUGCAUACCCUACAAUGUUUUGGACAGUCACGCCACUUACACCGUAAACAUAAAUUUAACACUUGUAUUUUGGUUUUUGUACAAACCGUAAGCGUAAACCGUAGUAUUUCAGUGUAAGUGUUCGUUACAAUUAACACGAUGAAAGUUACAGUGACUACUUUGAACGAUGAAAUAUUCGUUCUCGACGUUUCUGAGGAUCUCGAGUUGGAGAAUUUUAAGGCGUUUUGUGAAAUAGAGUCUGGUUUUCCAGCGAAAGACAUCAUACUUAAUUUUAAUGGGAAACCCCUUUUGGACGAUAAACUUUCUUUGAAAGACCACGGGGUUCAUGAUGGCGACGUGGUCGUACUACUCCACAUGCUGCAAUCCGCCUCCAAUUUACAAUCAAACGAUGCCAGCCAAGCCUUGCCCACUGGCAUUGCCAACUUAGACUUCAGCAGCAUCCAAGUGCCGAAAGGAGCAAGCAGCUCAAUGUCAGUCAGGAGCCCACCAGUUGAGGAAGAUCCUCGCAUCAUCAGAGAAAUGUUUCUUGCUAAUCCUGAUCAGCUGGCACUCCUCAAACAAAACAAUCCUCGGCUGGCUGAUGCUUUGCUUAGUGGAAAUAUUGAUACAUUCUCCUCUGUUCUUCGAGAACAAGUGGCUGCACGAACUGAACGUCAGCAACAAAGAAUCAGGAUGAUGAAUUCAGAUCCAUUUGAUACGGAGGCUCAGCGGAUGAUAGCGGAAGAGAUCCGACAGAAGAAUAUUGAAGCCAACAUGGAAGCUGCUAUGGAGUAUAAUCCUGAGACAUUCGGGACUGUUGUGAUGCUCUACAUAAACUGCCAUGUUAAUGGGUUCCCCGUGAAAGCCUUCAUAGACUCUGGGGCACAAACAACUAUCAUGUCUGCUGCUUGCGCUGAGAGAUGCAACAUUAUGCGCCUUGUUGAUACUAGAUGGGCAGGCAUUGCCAAAGGUGUCGGUGUGCAGAGGAUUAUAGGACGUAUCCAUAUGGUCCAGAUGAGGAUUGAGAAAGAUUUCCUCACCACAUCCUUCUCGGUUCUAGAAGAACAACCGAUGGAUAUGCUUCUUGGACUAGACAUGCUGAAACGACACCAGUGCAACAUAGACUUGAAGCGGAAUUGUCUGGUGAUUGGCACAACUGGCACUGAGACACCAUUCCUGCCGGAGGCGGAGUUGCCAGAGUGUGCCAGACUAUCUGGCAGCUCGGAGGACGAACUCGUGAACCAGUCAGUCAAGGAACAUGAGGAGAGGCAGAUCAAAGAAGCUCUGGAGAAGUCGAGGCAAGAUGCCGGGACAUUCGGUCAGUCCUCUAGAUCUUCUCAACCCCCCCCAAGCCCCGCUCAGAGCAGCAACCAAAGAGUGGGUCUCGGCAACCCGAACCUAACAAUCUUACCGACUGAUAGAUUUAGCGAGUCCGAUGUUGAGGAAAUUGUGGCGCUAGGAUUUACGAGGGAACAGGCUAUCACCGAGCUCAGGCGAUUCAACGGCGACAAGACGCAUGCGACGGUCGCUCUCUUCGCGAAAUCCCUUAAAUUCUGAUCCUAAGUAUAUGACAAUAUUAUGAUCAAAUAAUUUAUAAGCCCCAUGAGUGUGAUGAGUGAAGACUGAUGACCUUACAAUAAUAAUAUCUAUGGAAGCUUCACACCAGUCAGUUUAGCCCCGUUCUAAGUACCUACUUGUGUUACGGAUACGGUAAUAUAUUUAAUAUUUCAUACUAUGAAAGUAUGGCCUGUCUCGUUUGACGUGAGACAGGCCAUACUUUCGUAAAAAAAUUUUACGUAAAAAAUUUCGCGCCGUUUGUAUGGA